GAACCAACAGCACCUAUAAAUAUUAGAAAUGAAAGUCUGGAGGGCAUUUCAUUGAUGUUUAAUCUGGAAGAGGAAGGAACACCACGUUCUAAUAUUACUAGGUCAUGCCACAGCUGGUGUUUAUCUUGAUUUGUCAUGCUCUCACAUUACUUCAAACUUCGGCAGAGGAAGAAUGCCAAAGUUUUGAAGUAUCAAAGCUGAAGGAAGAGAUUCGCAUGCUGAAUAAUAAAUUGUUGAUAGGGGAAUGGAAAGUUAUGCAUCUGCGUGCUCAUCGUAAAUUCAGGCUGGUUCCCAAUCUGGAAUUACAGGAAAAUAAGCCCUCUGAAAACAACACUGAACCUUCACCAACCUUACCAAGCACUGGGGGAUCUUUAUUAGUUCAUGAUAAAGAUUGUUCAGAGUUAUAUGACAGACUCAAACCAGGGAGUGGAUUCUACAGGAUCAAACCCAAAUCAUCACUCCAGCCAUUCCUUGUAUACUGUGACAUGGAUGAUGGCGGGGGCUGGACUGUGAUUCAGAAAAGAAUCAAUGGCAAAGUUGAUUUCGACGGAAAGUGGGAAGAUUAUAAAAAUGGAUUUGGAAAUUUUCAGUCAAGUAAAGAUGAAUUCUGGCUUGGGAACGAUCAUAUUCAUGCCCUUCUCAGUGGCGGUGACAAUGUGAUGAAAAUUGAUCUGAUGGACUGGAAAGGAGGGAAAUCAUAUGCCAUGUAUGACAACGUCAAAGUGUCAGAUGAAAAAGAUAAAUACAGGCUGCACUAUGGGAUGUACAGUGGUCAAGCAGGAGAUGCCCUGUCCGGAGGGACCAAUAUGGUGGAACAGUGGUCAGCCUCCCAUAAUGGCAUGCAAUUCAGCACCCGGGACCAAGAUCACGAUCGGUACCUGCAGGGAAGCUGUGCUGCAGAGAACAAGGGGGGCUGGUGGUACAACAGGUGUCAUGCUGCCAAUCUUAAUGGAAGAUUUUAUAGAGGUGGAGAGUACAAGGCCAAAUAUGACAAUGGUGUUGUUUGGAGCACCUGGAAAGGACUGUGGUACUCCCUCAGACACACAGCCAUGAAGGUCCGGCCUAGCUCCCACAUGGACAGCGUGGGUAGUGGAGGAGGACCCACUGAAUAGCGAGGCUGCUGAGCAUCUUGUUAUACACAUUUGUAAAUUAUACUGUGUGUUAAUUAUAAGAUUUACUGUGGUUAAUGAACAUUUCAACCACAUGACUUCCGAGCCUAGAAAGAAUCAUGCAGGGACAAAGAAAGAAAGUAAUCUUGAUAGAUUUGAUGAAUCCACCUACUUAUUUUUAAAAUAAUCAUAAAUAAUAUCACUUUGCAUGCAGCCAUAUAAUGGGACUUGUAGCAUACAAUAUGCAUAUUACAUUAAAACAGCAUUUUUACAUACGAAAA